AUGUCUACCACUCCAGUACGCCGGUGGUACCACUGGUUUGCGCCUACUGACGGCCCGGAAGAACGAAAGCUGAUACUGAAACUCGACUUGCUCAUCGUUCCGUACGCUUUCAUCAUCUACUGGGUCAAGUAUAUUGACCAGAUCAACAUCAGAAUGGCCGACGAGCUCGGCUUUCACGGCAACGAGCUCGUGCAAUUCCAAACCAUCUUCGUCGUGGGCAACGUCGUCGGUCUCCUGCCCUUCAUCUACCUGUUCCCAAGAGUACCGAUGCAUGUACUCGUCCCGACGCUGGACCUUGGAUGGGGCCUCUUCACGCUUCUCCAGUACCGUGCGCAGUCCUAUGCGGAAAUCAUGGCCUACCGGUUCAUGGUUGCCAUCUUCGAGGCAUCCUACUUCCCAGGUGUUCACUUCGUCCUUGGCUCCUGGUACCGGAGCGACGAGAUCGGCCGCCGAGGUGGCAUUUUCUACAUCGGACUGACCCUCGGCACGCUCACCGCGUCCGUCCUGCAGGCUGCCGCAGUCACCUACCUCGACGGAACCCACGGCCUAGCCGGAUGGCGCUGGCUUUUCAUCAUAAACGCAGUCAUCACGCUCCCGCUCGCGCUGAUUGGGUACUUUGUCUGGCCCGGCACGCCCGCAAGGCCGAACAAGCUGCUGAUGAAGGAGUCGGAGCUCGAGCUGGCGCGCUCGCGGCUCGAGAAGGCAGGCGCGUCGGUGAAGAGCACGCCGUUCUCGCUGGGCUUGCUGAAGCGCAUCUUCACCAACUGGCGCUUCUACCUGCUCAUCGUCUGGGACAUCUUCUUCUUCAACACGAGCGCCAACAGCGCCGCGUUCCUGUUGUGGAUCAAGAGCCUCGGCAGGUACAGCACGGCCGAGAUGAACAACCUGGCCGCGCUCAGCCCCGGGCUCGGCAUCUUCUUUGUGCUCUUCAUCAACUUCAGCGCCGACCUCUGGAUCGGCCGCCCGGCCGCCAUCACCCUGGCGUCGGCGGUCAACUUCUCGGGCCUCGUCAUCCUGGCCGUGUGGAACGUGCCGGAGAGCGCCAAGUGGUACGCCUUCUGCACCACCUACUCUGCCGUGGCGGUGUCGUCGGUGCUGUACGGGUGGGCCAACAUCAUCCUCAAACACAACAUUGAAGAGCGGGCUCUGACGCUCAUUCUCAUGACGGCGAUCGCGACCUCGACAAACGCGUGGAUCCCCUUGUUCGUGUACCCGACCGUGGAGGCCCCGCGGUUCCCCAAGGGCUACGUUUACUCGGCCGUCAUGGUCGUGAUGUUGGUCAUCACGACGCAGAUCGUGCGAGUGCUGCUGGGAUCUCAUGGGGAAAAACGCAUACGCAAGUCCCAGGAUCCACUGGAUGCCGAGGAUGUGGCCACCGAGUCUGUCGAGGACCGCUCGACUUCCGGUUAUGAGGUCCCUGAUCAGAAGGGGCUGGCUCCCCGAGUCGCCGCUGUUUGA